AUGCGGCACCAUCUCGAAGCAUACCACACCCACCUAUGGGGCGCCUUCUACCUCACGCUUGCGAUACUCGGUGGUGUCUUUGCGGGGGCGCUUAAAUGGCAGGCGCAGACCGAGUUUAGCGGGGAGCAUGUUUGCCUCUUAUUCUGGUCCGCAGCCGACCAAGCCCAGGGCGUGAAAACCUCUAACAUGUGCGGUGUCGCCAUCGGAAUCGGCACCCUAGGCCUCCUCCUCUCCCUCACCCUCGGCACCCUCACCACCCUCCUCCUGACACGCUCCACCUCCGGCCGCGCAAAACGCCUCAUCCGCGCCCUCGCCGCCCUCUCAACCCUCUACACCCUCCUCCUCCUCAUCGGCGCCUCGCUCGCCACCGCCGGCCUCAGAUCCACCUGCGCGAACAUCGAAGCGGGCACCGAGGCCGCCCCAGGGAUGCGAUGCGAGGACGGGUUCGGCGUCAUGGGCAAGCGCCUGGGGACCGUCAAGGCGGGGGUGAGUGCCGCGUGGGUCGGGGUGGGCGCGUGGAUGGCGUACAGCGCCGCGGAGUGGUGGAAUUGGAAGGUUGCUAGUGAGCGGUGGUGGUGA